GGUCGGGUAGAGGUGGAGAUUUGACACAGCCGCUCUGAUCAGCUCCCAGAGGUUGACACUGCUUGACAGCUGGCACUUUUAACAGCAUUUUGCACAGUGAUACAUGGAAAUACAACACAAGAGAAGCAUGAGGCAACACUGUGCUCUCAAACAUGGAAUACUCAAGGAAUUCCUGGCAGAAUUCCUGGGGACGUUUGUGUUGGUUUUGUUCGGCUGUGGCUCAGUCGCUCAGACCGUCCUCAGUCGAAACACUCUGGGUGAGCCUCUCACCGUCCACAUCGGCUUCUCUGUGGGACUCAUGAUGGCAGCAUACGUGGCUGGUGGAGUGUCAGGGGGCCAUGUGAACCCUGCUGUGUCCCUGGCCAUGGUGAUUCUGGGAAAACUGAAGAUUUGGAAGUUCCCCUUUUACGUCAUCGCUCAGUUUCUUGGUGCUUUUGCCGGAGCUGCCGCAGUCUUUGGAUUAUACUAUGAUGCCUUCAUGGACUUCACCAGCGGGAUUCUGUCGGUGACAGGAAUCAAUGCAACAGGUCACAUUUUUGCUUCCUACCCUGGCAGACACCUGUCAGUACUCGGCGGCUUCAUCGAUCAGGUGGUGGGGACAGGCAUGCUGGUUUUGUGUAUCCUUGCCAUCAUUGAUGGCGGAAACAUUGGAGCUCCUAAAGGUGUGGAGCCACUGGCUAUCGGCCUGAUCAUCAUGGCCAUCGGUGUGUCCAUGGGCCUGAACUGUGGCUACCCCCUGAACCCCGCCCGAGACCUUGGACCCCGACUGUUCACGGCUGUAGCAGGAUGGGGGAUGGAGGUUUUUAGCACUGCAGACUACUGGUGGUGGAUCCCUGUGGCAGGGCCCAUGGUGGGGGGAGUCGUAGCGGCUGUCAUCUACUACCUGCUCAUCGAGCUGCACCACCACCGCGACGAGCCGGAGAAGCCCCACGGGGGGGAGGGGGAGGAGGAUGAGGAGGAAGACGAGGAGGAUGAUGACAGCAGUCUGAAGGACAAAUAUGAGAUGAUCACCAUGAGCUAAAAAAAAAAAAAAAAAAAAAAAGACAUUAACCUCCAGGACUGACUGGUCAGGUUCAGCUGUUUUACUGUCAAUCAGAUGACAAACACCCAGCACAACUUCCAUCUGUAAAGACAGGCUUCCUCUGUCAGUGCGCUCUCUGUGGUUAACCCAUUAAAUAGCAGGACACACGCUGUAGUUACACUUCUGACUGACUUUAUGCUCUGCAGAGAGGUUUAAGGGGUGCCAGCUCAGCGAUGGCACCCCUAAAACCUCCAUGGGUCAGAAAGCAAAGCAAUGUAAGUUAGGAAACUUUUUAGGUUGAAAAACUGCAGCUAGUUGCACAAAUUAAGUGGCGUGGAUACUGUUUUCCAAACCAAUACUGGACUGUCUCCUCUGCAAUUUCACUUUUUAUGUUUUAUGUUUCAUAAACACGUGAAAAUCUCAGUCCUGCUUCACAUUAUUAUGACUUUUCAUAUGUGUGUGUUGUAAAUAUUGUAUUGUAAAUAUCUCCCUUUGUUGGAAUAUACUCACUUGGAAACAACUGGAAUAAUAGUUUAACAUGCAUGCCAGUUUCCUUUUAGGUUUGCUCCCAGUUUCCUCAGUGGCUGUGGUGUAUUAUCUGUAUAUUCACUUAAAACUUUUUUUGUUCUUUGUAAUUAUUUUCUUCUUUUGCAAACCACAAAUCCUCCUUACUGCUCAUUAUUAUUAUUUGUA